AUGGGAGUAGAAGUGCACGAUCCAACCGAUCCUCACUUCCUCUCGCCGAAAGAGACCUUUGAAGUGGAUCAUCCAGCGUUUAAGAAGCCGUCCAUUCAGGUGAGCAUUUGAUUUAUUAUUUUUAGAUUUCUUCUGACACCAAUGAGACUUUGUAUUUUAGGAGCAUCCUCUCUAUAAGGCUCACAAGGCUUUCGUGUUUGAGAAUGAAGCUCCAUUUUGUGACGGUGUUGACCAAGCGUGCGCAUUGAUUGGAUCUACGAAGCCUCAGCCGUUUCCAGAAAUAUUGCUGAAGGAUAAGAUGGUAUUUCCGGAGAAUCUGGAAGAGAUCGUGAAAGAUGGAAUAAUGUGUGGAGAGAGAUAUGACCCAACUCUAGAGCCGUUAGAGAAGUGGCAUGAUCCGAUUAUUUUCUGGGUGCAGGGACAGAGACUUCAUGGAACUCCCGUUGAAAGGAGAAGGUAAAAUAUCUCAUGAAGUGUAAGAUGAAUUUAAUCUCUAAAUUUUUUUAGUCAGCUGAUAUUGGCUCAAUACUACCGUCAGAUUGCUCUUCGCUCACCGAAAGGUCACUUUAUUGAGGACAAUGUGUAAGUGAUCUAGUACAUUAUAAGUUUUGCGUUUAGAGCCGAUUACAACCAAUCGCUAAGUGCCUACUUGCCCGCUGAUCUCUUUGGAGCCGAGUUUCCAGCUGUUUUCCGUUUGAUUGCACCCACUUUGAUCCAAAGGACGAGUCCAGUUCCAAUUUUGGCGAAUGAAAGUGCAGUUGAAGCUACAAAAUCCGAAGCGAUCCCUGACGUAUAUCCAAUCUCUCCAUUGAUUGAUUUGAAGAAGACUAAUAUCUACAAUGAUACCGUUGUGGUUCCAAGGAAUUUGCUCAAUCUUCAUUUGGAUAGUGUAUUUUUGUCGCAACCCCUCAGACAAAAGUAUCCAUGGACGACGUGAGUGUUGAGAAUUAUUGUUGAUAGAAAGUUUAGACUUUGUCAGAAGUUCUUUCUUUUUAUAAUGGUUCUGAGUGAUCAGUCGACGAAAGAAGUGUUUUAUGUCAUGGUUAAUAAUAAUGUGUUCCAUUUUUAGUGACCAAAACGCGGCUUCAGCUAUUAUGUAUGCUUUUACCUUGGCUUUGGCUCAAUCUCAACGAAAUGGUCUACAAAAAGAAUUGAAGACACCGAUCGUGGGCAAGGCCAUUCAGUUGGAUCGAGGGAAUGUUGAUUUAGUUGUGGUUCAACUGAAUAAUCUGGAUUUGAAUAACACGGAAGGUGUUAAAAACAUGGUCUGGCUUGAGAAAGGUAGCUUUUAUUCCUUGCCCAAUUUGAAUAUACGUUUGGGUAUCGAUAUAUUUUUUAAUUUUUUCCAGCUCUGCCCCUGUACGAGCCAACAAGACACGAUCAGAACCUGGAGAAGUUGGCGAAUGUGAACGUGGAUACCUUUAAGAAGAUAGCCAAUCUGUUGUUAUACUAG